AUGGUUACGAUAAGAAGAAGCAGCAGUGAUUCUGACAGCUCAAGUGAGCCGCCUACAAAAAGAAGACGCGUCAAUGAUUCUAAUAUUGAAGAUGAAGUUGCCGAAACGAGAGGACAAGUUCGAGACUCCACGGAUAGCAACGAAGAAGACAGUGAAGAAGAUGACGAAAACGACGAAGAGGAGGAGGAGGAGGAGGAGGAGGAGGAGGAGGAGAGUGGUGAUGAGAAUAAUGAGUUUGAUUCCCAAAAAAAAGUGCUCAAUGAGGAUGAGGAGUUUCAGCUUUCAUUCAGAUACCGCCAAUUGAACGAAGACCUUGCGGAACAACGGCCACAGCUUACUACAGAGAACGGUGUGAAUAUAGUUAAGAAGACUUUAAGUGUUGCAGAAGAACUAUUCGAGGGAAUGAAGACAUCAUCAAGCACAGUUAUAAUUGCCAAAGAUUCAGCAACGUUAAAGGAAAUCGGUGAGCAAGCCAAAAUUGCGACACAGAAUGUGAAGUUUGGACAGAGUGAAAAAAUGCUCAAGUUGGAUACUUUUGUUACAAGCUGGAUGUCUUGCUUUGGUACUAUCCGACAGCAACAAGGAUUGACCACUGCUGAUGUGGACAGUAGCGAUACACCGGAAUACAACUGGUCUAAUGCCGGACUUCUUUUCAACAGCAUAAGCAAACACGUUGUGGGUUGUGAUUUCCUACUCGGGCCUUUAGAGAUCGAACGAAAGAAACGGGUAGUGAGGCAACGACUUCUCGAUGACUCCAGGAAAAAUGCAACUAAGACGGCAAAUCUUAAAAACGCCGACGACGUCGUCAACAAGGAUACUAAAGAUGACACCUCAAAAGCAGCAGAAAGACUGUACAAAAGACUGCAGCAAUAUGGACAGAAAAUUUCAGUUUUUGAGGCGGUACUUCAUCCAACAUCUUUUGGAAAAACUGUAGAAUGCAUGUUUGUUUGCAGUUUUCUAAUCAACAACGGGCAUCUGAUUAUGGGCAAAUAUGAAAACGGCAUUCCUUAUAUUGAGCUAGCUACUCGAGAUAACGUCAAGCUACAGCAACGAUAUAAAGAUAACGACGAUGGGAAAAGUCAUAUAAUAUUCAGCCUUGACGAAGACACAUGGAGACAAUUAGUUGAUGUUUACGAGAUAAAGGAGCCAUUUUUCACAAACUCAGAUACAUGA